CAGCCGCCGCCGCCCCCUCCGCAGCCAUCCAUCCAUCCGAACCGGCCUCGCCGCGCAGCCUUUUGUUCCCCCGGCAAGAAGUUUGGGCGCGAGGGAGGGCCGCGACAGCUGCAGCCCCGCGAGGAAGGGGAGGCGGCGGGGGCGCGAGCCGCUUGACAUGCGGCCCACGGCUGAGCUCGGCGCGGACCGCUGCCCGGGGACUGGGAGGCGGGCGCCGCCGCCGCCGCCGCCAGCGCGGCGCACAAAAGGCUCCAACUAACUUCCUGGCGGGCGGAGAGCGGCGGCUGCCUGCGCGGCCGGGCAUGGCAGGAAUCGCGCGGACCCCGGCCGGAAGGGCGUUCGGCGCCGGGACCCCGCGCCAGCCUCCCGCGCCGUCGGCUCUGCCUUUGCCAGCCGGGGAAGCUGGAGCCCGAGGCUGCCCGUGAAGAGGCGCGACCCUCCGUGGCUGCGCGGGCAGGAAGCGCCCACCCGCCCGGCCGAGUUCGCCCGGCAUGAAGAACUUCCUGCGGCUGAACCGCCAGGCUUCUUCGCCACCGGCCCUCCCAGCAGCCCGAGCCGCCGCGGCAGGCGAGGCGCAGUACCGGCCGCUGACCUGCCGGGGCCGGAGAAGCCGCCUCUGCCGAGCGGAGCCCCGCGGGCCGGGGCAGCAGAGCGCCGGAGAGGCCGGCCUUUGUUCCGCGAGGAGCCAGCGCACCGCGGGCGCCGUCGGGGAUGCGUGAGGGUCCUCCUCGCCUGCCGGCGCGGACGGCCGGGGCCUCUGGGGAGCCGUGCUGCGGGGGAGGGCCGCCUGCUGAGGCCCGUUGGCCAGCGCCCCGGGCCCUCUGAAGCCUUCCCGGGGAAACGCGCUGCUCCCUCUUGCUGCUUUCGCCUGGGACUGCCGGCUCCUGCAGAAGCGGUGGAAUGCCCUGCCCUCCUCCUCGUCUGAGCAUUUCCCGGGGGAAGUUGAUGCCUCCCUUGAACGUUAACUAAGGGGGAAUACAAACAGUGGCGUUCCAGUUAUUUUGGGAUUUUGUGAAAUACAACUUUCUAAUGUUUGCUAUGGAUUUAUAAAAGCUGAACAGACGGGGGGGGUGGGGGUGCGAUGGUCAUUUGUGCUGCUUCUGCUCCCAAUUUGUUCUGAGAUUUUGUUCUUUUAAAGUAUGGGCAAGCCAUUAAGCAGACCUGACUGUUUACGGCAGAGUCCUGCUUGUUUGGGGAAAGGAGAGGAUGAAGAUGGGUAUAUAGAAGACUGUUACAUCCCUCAGAGGUCCAUCUAUGACACAAUGAGGAUAAAUGAGCAGAUCGAUCAGGGGUCCAAGCUGAAUCAGCCUUCAAAGAGCACGCUUGAGAAAGGGGACAGCAGUACCAUUUCUAGCAAUGGGACUUUAGGGCCCCCCAGCACUCUAGAACUGAAAGUACCAGAGAGUAAAAAGUUAGAUGAAAGAGUAAUUUUUGAUGCUUUGAAACUUAGCAGCGAUGUCUCCAAGUCAGCCCCAGCGCCCCCAAGGCGACGGCCCAACUUGGAGAAAAAGGAGAAUAUCAACAGGCGCUCAUGGAAGUCAUUUAUGCCACCAAAUUUCCCUGACUUUGCUGAGAGAAUUGAAGCCUCCUUGAGCGAAGUCUCUGAAGCUGCUGUUUCUGAUCCACCCGUGCAAGAGAAGCCGGCCUCUCUCGCCGUGGCUGAAUGUUCUGGCCCCUCAGACCACCGGGAAUCCCUGUCAGAGCCGCUGACCCUGGAGCAUGUGCCCAGGCCCUCUGGUGGUCCAGAAAUACGGGAAGCGAAAUCACCAAGUGAAGCCUUUUGUGAGUUUUCUCAGGAUGAGUGUCAACCCCUUCUGGAGCCAGAAGACAUGGUCAGUGUAACAGGGGGCAGGAGGAAGGACCAUUGUCUCAUGAGCGCAACAUGGCCCAGGGUGAUGAAAAACGCCAUCAAAGCCAGGGGCCUCAGGGGGAACCACGACACCUUGGAGGCUGACGAUACUGACUGCGUUAUAGAAACGGUGCCCCUGUCUCCCUGUCUGAGCGAAGAGCUCCUGGAUCCAGGAAUGGGUAUUCUCAUCACUCCUAGUCUCCGGGAGAAGACAGAAUCAGAGCUGAGGUUUGAAGAGGAUGAGCGAUUGAUCAUGAUGGAAACGUGGGAGGAAGGCUUACUGUCAGAAGAGGGGAAAGCUGCUGAGAAAACAAACAGCUGUUUGGCAGGUACUUCUGAAGAAAGGGGGCAAUUACGUGUUCCAUCCAUGACAGUUGGAGAAGCUGUGGAGAGGUUUGCUGAUGUCCAAGGGACCUAUAACCACCCAUUGCACCAGCAAGAACUCUGGGAUGACUCAGAGCCACAGGCUGUGAGCUCUGCUCUGGUUCCCCAGGAAACACAUCAAGACUUAAACACUGUUCUUGGUGAGGGUGAUGGAGCUUGCAGUGCUGAAGCUGUAACAAUCCAACUGGAAGAGGAAGAAUUUGCCUCUGGUUUGGAAGCCUGCAUCAGUCCUCUUGCACCAGAGCAAUUUUCUGACACGGAUUCUGUGCAAAUGUUCCUUGAACUAGAAAAGCUUUGCAUGAAUGAAGAGGAGAAAGAUGGGGGGGCUCCAACUGAUUUUGAGGUGCAAGACGUUAGUUUUUCUUCAGGAGGGCUGGACCUACUGAAGAAUUUGGACUUGCCGUCUGAGACUGUGGCAGAACCUUUCCGACACUUGGCUCACCACGAAAUCAGUGUGGCGGACUCAGCCAUGGUGUCUGAUCUAGAGGAUUUUGAUGCCACAUCUGGUUCUCGAGGAGCAAGUGCAACAGAGCCCACACUUUCAGAAUCUUUUUCCGAGCAGGACACUUCUGGCGGCUCAGAGAAAGGGAUACUUACCAAUCUUGCAGUUGCAAAAGAUGAUGAAUCGCAGUAUUCACUCACAUCUUCAGUUACUCUGGUAGAUGAGAACGGAGCAGGACUAUUGACCACUGAUGAAGUGGCAAAAAGCCACAAGGCUGAAGGCCAGCUGGACUUUGUAUUGGGAGAGUCUGUGGUUUCAGUUCACGUUUCUUGCUGUAGAGCACAACCUCCCUGCAUUCAUGUUUUUACAGUAGCUGAGGAGGAAAUGCCUCCUCUGCUCUGUACGACAGAGGGGACAUCUCUGGGCCAUGAUCAGUUUGCUACAAUUGCUGAGGAUCUGGACUCUCAGCCAGACUUUGAUUUGAUUAAAGGUGUGAUGAGCCCUGAGGAAAAGGAGCUGCAUGCUUGUUAUGAGCUGCAUCCUUCAGAAAAGAUGGACUUUUCAAAUUGGGAUGUCCCUGAAUUGGGUUCUGAGGAUGAAGUUGUAGAGCUAGACAAAGAGAAUGUCCCGUAUGCAGCCCACACUGAGGAGACAGAGGGGAGAGAGGACUUUUGGGUACCUUUACCAAGGGAUUCUGAAGUAAUACAGGGCUCUGAGGAGUCCAUAAGACACACAGGGUCCUCUAACAACCUGAAGGAUAUUGACACUAGCAGUAGGUGCCAGCUUCAGCUUUUAGCAUGGCCAGUAGGCAGUGGAGAAAUGGUAGUGAGUGCCACCUUUCUUCAAGAGGAAGAGCCAAAGAUGGCUGAGCAGGUAACAGUAAGUCCAGCAGUGGAGAGAGACUUCCUGGAGCCUGGGAUCCUGGAGUUGCUUUUUGGGCAGAGCGGGAGUAGUGAGGUAAUAGGGGAAGGGAAAAGUGAUGCCAAGUUUUCAGGUGCAGACUCCUGCCCAUCAGCUCUUGUGGAUUGUUUAUGUGAUGCACAACCGAGUGUUGAAGACUUUGCAUGCAGGCUAGAGGAGGAAGCUACUUCUAUCAGUCCUUUGCCUGGUGAUGAGGAUGUUGAUGCCCUUCCAGAUAUGAUAGAGGAGCUUGCUGGCAUUGUAAUGGGUCCCUGCACCACUGAUACAAAAGAUCUCACAUUGUCAUCCUUGUCAGGUUCACUCACUUCAAUCCUAGCAAAAGAUCGAUCUGUUGAAGAUGCUCCUCGUUUGUCAAGGAACAGAGAAGUUUGUGAUGGAGAUGACCCUGAAACAGCCACUUGGAUGUGCAACAUCCAGGAGCUAAUACCAGCAUUACGGACAGCAGAAGAGAGCUCCUCUGUUUCCAUGCCACUCUGCCCCAUUCAAUUUCCAAGCAAAGAGGAGCUGCCUCUUCAGGAAGAGCAGACCAUGAUAGCCAAUUCCUCAGAGGAAUCUAUUCAGGUGAUCCAAGGGAUGGAUGACACCCUUUUGCCAUUUAAUGUCAGUCUUGAAGCUGUGGAGCAUCUUUCACAGUGGGAAAGUGGCCUUCUGUUCCUGGCAUCCGAAGCCUCAAGGGAGAUACCUUACAGCCCAGCUCAGUUGCCUGCCCGCUCAGCCCCUGAAGCCGAAGAGGAGCAGGCCUUUGCUGGGUCUGACAUGGAGAGGCUCUCCUCCUUCUCCUCCAUGGCUGCUGAACAGCCUCCUCCUGGAACCAGGGAAUUGGUUCCAGAUAACGAGGUAUUUGUUUCCUAGUUACUCACUCACUGUUCUAUCUGAUAGUAAACCACUUUAUACAGAGUUGAGGAAGAACUGAGAG